AUGACUUCAGAAGGCCAGGCUGCAUGCACAAUGAGUAGCGUAGGGCGUUCGGCAAGGCUGGUAAAAGUGUUCAAGGAAACAAUCAGCGGAAGGCGUAAGAUCACUGACAUCAAUGCCGCAAAACUGUUUUUAGAGGCAGUACAGACCCAAGAAUCUCCAAGUGUCUGCGUUGAGACUAUUCUGGCCAGUUCAGAUGGCCUUGCCGCUGUGCGGAGCAGUGUUCGCGCGGAUAUUUCUUCACUUGCAUAUAUACAAACAUUCACACUUGGCUUCGUCCGAUACCUCUCAGAUCCCUCUAUCAAAGUCUUGGCUGAUGGCCAGUUUCUAUGGCAAAUCAUUCUAGUAUUAGCUGACCCGCCCGCGCUAUGGACUACCCUUUGUGAGAUUCACGAAAAGCUCGAAGAUCAUUACCUUUUCGCACUGGCUUGGCUAGCCCAUGAACUUCUCACAGGCCCUCCUGACAAAGCACCAGACGUUCUACCUGGCGUUCAGACUCUACUAUCAACUGGGAAGUUGCUGAACGCCAAAUCUCACAAGACUCGAGAGUUAUUCUACAAGAUACAAAAAGUGGUCAACUCCAAGAUCUCUCUAGUUUCGGUUGACAGAACGUUCUCCCCAGGUGGGCGGCAUGAUAAUGACUUUCCCGACUUUCGACAGAUCGCGGUGUACCCAACCACAGAUGAGCUGCUCGCCACUCAGAAGCCAUUCUACCUUCGAAUGGCUGAAGUUUUCAGCGAUGACAACUCCGAUAUUGCAAGCACUCACCUGGACAAUCAAUUCCGUCUGAUGAGAGAGGAUAUGUUGGGUGAGAUCCGCAAUGACUUACUGGUUGCUACUGGCCAGAAGAAAGGACGGCGAUCCGCUCAGAAUCUCGGUGGUCUGAUUCUCAUUGGAGUCGAGACUGGCAACGAGAAACGGGGCCGGAAAUGUUCUCUGUCGAUGCACUGCAAGACAGGGCUUGAAGAACUGAACAGAAUCCACCAAACACAACGCCGCCACUUUUUGACAGAACAGAAGGGUUACCUUAAGCACCAGUCUUUCGGCGCACUGCAUUGUGGUCAUGAGAUCUAUGGAUUUGCCUUCCUCGAACGCGACAUGGACUUACUCUGCAAGGAACCUCCAGUUGUAUGUCUUCGGUUCACAGAUAGUCGUUGUCUUGAGAGGGUGCUCCGCGCACUGGGGUCUCAUGCAGCGGUUCAAUAUGCCGUUGUCGACACGCCUGUAUUCGCCCAUGAACCGGUCUUGGAAGGUCUGAAGGCCUUGACGGAACUUCCACUUGAAGAGGCUCUUGUACGCCCACCAUCAUCGCAGCAACCGCAAAGAAUAUGUGUCGCCGAUGGAUUGCAACACCUCGUCGAUGGUUAUGAAUCCGCGGGUGCUAGUGGGCUCUGUAUCCAGAUAGGGGACAGGAAGGUGAAAGUAGAUCAAUCACAGAUCAGCUCAUUCCUGAGCGCUUUGAAGCAACAGAUUUCACUCAUACAAGGCCCUCCAGGAACUGGGAAAUCCUUUGUAGGCUCGUGGAUCGCGAAGGCCAUGUUUGACCAUUCGAACCUCCGAAUCCUUGUCAUCAGCUACACAAACCAUGCUUUGGACCAGUUUCUUGAAGAUUUGAAUGACGUUGGUAUUCCGAAGGAACACAUGGUUAGGCUUGGCUCCAAGUCUACCGAGAGAACGGCUAGUAUCCUAUUGGCCAAUCAAUCCGACAGUCAUAAACGCUCGUCAACGUCAUGGCUCAUCAUCGACGACUUGAAGGCCGACAAAAUAGAGUUGGAAGAUCAACUUCAAUCGGCGAUAUCAGAUUUUGUAGAUUUCAAAGUCUCCUUCGAUGUACUGAUGGAGUAUCUUGAAUUCUCUAUGGACUUCGGACGAUUCCAUCAGGCAUUCCAAGUCCCAAGAAGUCAGCAUAGUUGGAAACGAGUCGGAAAAGGGGGGAAAGCAGUCAAACCUGACUACCUUCUUUCACGUUGGCUUCGAGGGGAGAAUCCUGGGAUAUUUACGACGCAAGUCGCCGAGGAUUGCGAAGUGGUUUGGGAUAUGAACCACACCCAGCGAACAGAACUGCAUGCGGGAUGGGUUCAGGACAUGAUGAAAGAGCGCGCCAAUGUAGUGCAACAACUUGCACAGAUGCACGACAAUAUACAGGAGAGGCUAGAUGACCUCUAUAGGGAACGGUAUAUCAACAUUCUACGUUCCCGGCGCAUUAUCGGAUGUACAACAACCUCUGCGGCCAUGCAAAAUAAGAUUAUACGGGCAGCCUUUCCAGACGUAGUCAUCGUAGAGGAAGCCGGCGAGAUUCGGGAGGCACAUGUUCUGACUGCAUUAGCACCAUCGGUCAAACAGCUUAUCCUGAUUGGUGACCACAAACAACUUCGACCUAAGGUAGACAGCUAUGCCUUGACGGUGGAGCAGGGCAGUGGCUACAACCUUAACAUGUCAAUGUUUGAGAGGCUGAUUAUCCAAGGGCACAGCCAUACGACCCUAGUAAAGCAGCAUCGAAUGCAUCCUGAAAUCUCUGUAUUUCCCCGCGGUCUAACCUACCCGGAAUUACAGGAUGGCGAAAAGACCGCUGGUCGCCCUGCCAUUCGGGGCAUACACGACAGAGUCAUCUUUGUCAAUCAUGAGCAUCCCGAAGUCGCAUUUUCUGCCAUCCGCGACAAGCGAGAUCCCACAGCCAAUUCUAGCAAGCAGAAUGAGUUCGAGGCGGCAAUGGUUCUAGGGAUUGUCAAAUACCUCGCACAACAAGGCUACGGCACAGACAAAAUGGUUGUCCUUACUCCGUACCUGGGCCAGCUUCGCUUGCUGAGAGACAAGUUAGCGGGUGAAAAUGACCCUGUCCUCAAUGACCUCGAUUCAGCAUCUCUGAUUCAGGCUGGUCUGAUGACACAAGCAGCAUCAAAGGUCGGGAAACGCCAACUUCGACUUUCAACUAUUGGUGAAGAAAGUGAUAUCACUAUAGUAUCCCUGACGCGAAGUAACACUCAAGGAGACAUCGGUUUCAUGUGUGCUCCAGAACGGCUGAACGUCAUGAUCACCCGAGCAAGAAACUGCCUUAUCAUGGUAGGAAACAUGGACACAUUCAUGAGUAGCAAGAAAGGAAAGAACACCUGGUCUCGCUUCUUCGAAAUGCUUAAGGAGCGAGAACACCUCUAUGAUGGCUUCCCGGUGAAAUGUGAACGCCACCCGGAGGCCACCGCGACAUUGACCCACCCGCAAGACUUCGACAAGUUUUGCCCGGAUGGCGGAUGCGCAGCGGCUUGUGGUGCAUCGCUGAAAUGUGAUGGACUGCACCUUCUUAGUGGAGAAGACUUGUACAAGGCAGCAUACCAGGAAGAGGAUCUAGAGAAUGAACGACGUAUCAGGCGUGAUCUUGAUCUCGAGCGGAAGAGGCUGGCCAAGCAAGCGGUGUAUAAGCAAGAGCUUCAGGAAAUCCAAGACGAAUUGGACCACCAGCGCCGUAUCAUCAAAUACGCGAGGGAGGAAGAGGAACAGAGGAAGAAUGUCGCCCAGCAGCGCCAAGACCUCAAAGCAUUGCGGGAGGCUGCAGCUCGCACCCAGCAGAUGAAAAAAGCUGAGAACGAUAGAGCAAAGGCUGCGAAAGAGACGCCGCGCCAGAAGUCUGACACAACAAAAGACAAUAGGACGGCAGGGAUGGAUAAAAUUCCAAGCAACGCUCAAGAAAAUUGGGACUAUUGCAAGGAGUUUGAAGGUGCUCAGAACAAGCCGCUGGAUGAGUUGAUGGCCAUGAUUGGCCUCGAGGAAGUCAAGCUUGAGUUCCUUGAAAUCAAAAACAUGGUCGAUACCAAGAUUCGGCAGAAUGUCGAGUUUUCGAAACAGAGAUACGGUUGUUCAUUACUCGGCAAUCCUGGAACGGGAAAGACCACAGUGGCGCGGCUGUACGCCCAGUUCUUAGGCUCCUUAGGAGUGAUCCCAGGUUCUCAGUUCGAGGAGACCACCGGCUCCAAGCUAGCAAACAUGGGGGUGUCCGGAUGUCAAACCCUUGUUGAUAACAUGCUCAACGAUGGAGGCGGCAUCAUAUUCAUCGACGAAGCAUAUCAAUUGACGUCCGGCAAUAGCCCUGGAGGUAACGCAGUUCUUGAUUACCUACUGGCAGAAGUCGAAAACUUGACAGGAAAGAUCGUCUUCGUUCUGGCCGGGUAUGACAAGCAGAUGGAGAACUUCUAUGCCCAUAACCCUGGUCUGCCUAGUCGCUUCCCAAUUAGCAUCAAGUUUGCUGAUUACACCGACAAAGAGCUCCUCAAUAUCCUGAUUUACAAGAUCCACAAGAACUACAAUGACUCAAUGCAGUGCGAGGAGGGCAUGUCUGGCCUGUUCGCUCGUAUAGUAGCCCGAAGGAUUGGACGUGGACGCGGUCGCGAGGGAUUCGGCAAUGCCCGUACUGUGGAAAACGUCCUCGACUCCAUCACCAAACGCCAAGCCACCAGAAUUGCAAAGGAACGCCGAUCGAAGCUCAAGCCUGACGAUUUCCUCCUCACUAAAGAAGACCUCAUCGGCCCUAAGCCCUCUGAAGCCAUAGCGAAGUCUGAGGGCUGGCGAAAGCUGAACGAGAUGGUAGGGCUACGUGCAGUCAAGGAAGCAGUGAAGUCUCUCGUGGAUAGCAUACAGCAGAACUACGACCGCGAGCUUGCAGAACAGCCCCUGAUCGAGUACUCGCUCAAUAAAGUCUUCUUGGGUAACCCUGGAACCGGAAAGACAACGGUGGCUAAGCUGUACGGAAAGAUCCUAGUCGACCUAGGACUACUAUCAAAGGGAGAGGUAGUAGUGAAGAAUCCGUCCGACUUCGUCGACUCGGUCAUCGGCGGAUCGGAGAAGCAGACCAAGGGCAUCCUCGCAUCGACGGCUGGAAAGGUCCUUGUAAUUGACGAAGCAUAUGGCUUAGACGGAGGCAGUUCUGGAUCUACGUCGUUCAAGGACCCCUAUAAAGCCGCGGUCAUCGACACAAUUGUGGCAGAGGUGCAGUCUGUUCCAUGGGACGACAGAUGUGUUCUGUUGCUGGGGUAUAAGGAUCAAAUGGAAGCUAUGUUCCAGAAUGUCAACCCAGGGCUCAGCCGUCGGUUUCCCAUUGCGUCCGCCUUCAACUUCGAAGAUUUCGACUCCGACCAACUGGCUCGGAUUUUUGACAUGAAGUUAAAACAGCAUGGCUUUGGGGCUACAGGGGAAGCCAAGCAAGUCGCCAUGGAGAUCCUCGAUCGUGCACGGAACCGACCCAACUUCGGCAAUGCUGGUGAGAUAGACAUAAUCCUCGACAGCACAAAGGCACGGCAUCAGCAACGGUACUCGCGCGGGGACGCCAAGUCAACCGAGGUCCUUGAGGAGCUCGACUUUGACGAGAACUUCAAUAGGGCGCAAAACGUGGGAACCAAUGUCAAGAAGCUCUUUGAGAAUACAGUGGGCACAGAAGAUACUAUUGCACUACUCGAAGGCUAUCAAGACACGGUCCGCCGCCUAAAAGCGUAUGGCAUGGAUCCCAAGGAGAACAUACCAUUCAACUUUUUAUUCAAGGGCCCUCCUGGAACUGGCAAAACGACUACAGCUAAGAAGAUGGGCAAGGUCUUCUACGACAUGGGCUUCCUGGCCACUGCUGAAGUGGUUGAAUGUUCUGCAAGUGACCUGGUGGCUCAGUACAUCGGUCAAACUGGACCCAAAGUACGAGAGCUCCUAGACAAAGCCCUUGGGAAGGUCCUAUUCAUCGACGAAGCCUACCGGCUAGGUGAAGGCAACUUCGCCCAAGAGGCCAUCGAUGAGCUGGUGGAUUCCGUAACUAAAGAGAGAUACCUGAAGAAACUUGUCAUCAUCCUGGCGGGAUACGAUUCCGACAUUGAUCGCCUUAUGUCUGUAAACCAAGGCCUCACUUCCAGAUUCCCGGAGACAAUCAACUUCCGGGCCCUUGAGCCAGACGAGUGUUUCUCUCUAAUGACGAGUCUCCUUUCAGCUCAGAAGAAAACAUUGAAGAAGAAGAAGAUCACAUUGGAGCUGUCAGUUCUCGAGUCGCCAGACCUCACUUUUCAGCAGCGUGUCACUACAUUAUUUUUCGAACUCUCGCGACAAGCUAGCUGGGCCAGUGCGCGGGACGUGAAGACACUGACAGUGGGCGUGUUUAACAAAACACUGAAAGCUCAGGGGGAUACAACGACCAGGCAACUCUGCGUUACUGCAGAUUCGAUUAUCACGGAGAUGCAAUCUCUUUAUACGGAGCGACAUUCUCGCGGCCAAGCGAAGGUUCCGUACACGAACAAAGAUGCCCAGCCUCGACUAUCAUUCGCGUCUCGGCCCCCAAACCAGCAUUCAAUGAACACGUUGACAUCGACUGAGGUCGCGCACACUGCACCGAAAGACGAUGAUAGAGAAGAUACUACGGCUAAGCACGUAGAACCAAAAGAAACUAAGACCCAGAAAUCACGUGAAAAGAAUAGCCCGAAAGCUCGACGCGAUGCUGGAGUCAGUGAUGAGGUUUGGGAACAACUGCAAAGGGAUUCGCAGGCUGCGAAAGAACGCGAAGAGAACUACCAGAAACUAAAGGAAGAGGCACGCAAGGCAUCCGAGGCCGACAGAGACGAGAUUGUCAAGAGACUCCUGGAGGAGGAGCGCCAGCGCCAAGAGGAGGCAGAGAUGCAGAAGAAGCUGGAUCAGAUGGGCUUGUGCCCUAUGGGUUACCGGUGGAUCAGGCAGGCUACGGGUUAUCGAUGCGCCGGGGGCUCCCACUACUUCUCAAAUGCCUGA